UCUCUACCUCCCUCUCUCUCUAUCUGCUGCUGACAGUCGUGUCUCUGUCCCGCGCGCGGCUAUAAAAGCUCAGUUUUUUCGGACAUCAUGUCUGUGUCACCGGACAAACGGCGAAAGAUGGAGUCUGCGCUGGAGCAGAUCAAGAAAUAUACGGUGGUCGUUGCAGACACGGGCGACUUUAACGCUAUUGAAGAGUACAAACCGCAGGAUGCCACCACCAAUCCUUCUCUAAUUCUGGCUGCAGCUAAAAUGCCCACCUACCAGCACCUUGUGGAGCAGGCCAUCAAAUAUGGCAUGGCUAAUGGCGGGAGUGAGGAAGAGCAGGUGACCAAUGCUAUGGACCAGCUGUUUGUGAACUUUGGUUUGGAAAUCUUAAAGAAGGUUCCUGGCCGUGUCUCCACUGAAGUCGAUGCGAGGCUUUCCUUUGAUAAAGAUGCAAUGGUAUCUCGUGCACGAAGACUAAUCUCUCUCUAUGAAGAGGCAGGUGUCAGUAAAGACCGUAUCCUCAUCAAACUCUCCUCAACGUGGGAGGGCAUUCAGGCUGGAAAGGAGUUGGAGGACAAACAUGGGAUCCAUUGCAACAUGACUCUGCUGUUUUCAUUCGCCCAGGCUGUUGCGUGUGCUGAGGCUAAUGUCACCCUCAUCUCCCCCUUCGUAGGGCGUAUCCUGGACUGGUAUAAAGAAAAUACAGACCGCAAAAACUACGAACCCCAUGAAGAUCCAGGUGUGGUGAGUGUCACCAAGAUCUACAACUAUUAUAAAAAAUUCAACUACCCAACGGUGGUGAUGGGCGCCUCCUUCAGGAACACAGGGGAAGUGAAGGCGCUGGCUGGCUGUGAUCUGCUCACCAUUUCUCCUGGGCUGCUGGGAGAGCUCAGCAAGGACCACAGUGCAGUGACGUGUUCCCUCACACCACAAGGAGCAAAGGAGUGUGAUCUGGAGCAGAUUCACCUGGAUGAGAAGAGCUUCCGCUGGCUGCACAAUGAGGACCGCAUGGCUGUGGAAAAACUCUCUGAUGGGAUCCGCAAAUUUGCUGCUGACGCAAUCAAACUCGAGACCAUGAUCAAGGAGAGGAUGUUUAAUGUGAAGAAUGGACAGUGAGACGGAGACAUGCAUUCGAGGACCAAACCCUUCAGUCCCACUCUGAUCAUCACCUCUGAUUGGCCGCUUUAGCUACACUCUGGGCAGAAGUUGUGACUGAAAGUCAGCCUGCAGUCUUGAGAAUGAAUACACCGUACUGUGUUUAUAAGCCAUUCACAUUUUACCUUUGACCCUAAAUGGAGUGCUCAGCUUAACCUAUAAACCCAAACUAACUCUCAGCAGACCAGAAGACUUUGUGCUUUUACUGUAGGACCAAUGGCUUUGAAGUUUACUGUAGCUUUAAUGUAGUUUGUAACCACUAGCUCAUUUCUAAAAAAAAAAAAAAAAAAAAUGACAAUGGGAAGUGCAUCAGUAUUAUCUAUCCAGCCACCCACAAGCUCUGAUGAUAAGAAAUGAUUGAUCUUGUAUCUGUCAUUAAAAACAUCUUUUGUCAGCAAAAGUGCUUCA